UCCUGUCAGAGACCCCCAGCUGCUCUCUGUACUGUAGCCCGAGCAUCAUGCGUGAAAUUGUGCAUCUGCAGAUCGGACAAUGUGGCAACCAGAUCGGCUCAAAGGGCUUCCAGCUGGUUCACUCAUUAGGGGGUGGUACCGGUUCCGGCAUGGGAACCCUCAUCAUCAAUAAGAUCCGAGAGGAGUACCCUGACCGCAUCAUGAAUACCUUCAGCGUCAUGCCGUCCCCUAAAGUCUCUGACACGGUGGUAGAGCCAUACAAUGCUACCCUGUCGGUCCACCAACUCCUGGAGAACACAGACGAGACCUUCUGCAUCGACAACGAGGCACUCUACGACAUCUGUUUCCGUACGCUGAAAUUGACCACACCGACUUAUGGGGACCUCAACCAUUUGGUCUCUUUGACCAUGAGCGGAGUCACAACGUCCUUGAGAUUCCCCGGGCAGCUGAACGCAGACCUGAGGAAGCUGGCUGUCAACAUGGUGCCUUUUCCUCGUCUCCACUUCUUCAUGCCAGGCUUUGCUCCCCUGACGGCCCGUGGCAGCCAACAGUACAGAGCCGUCACGGUGGUUGAGCUCACUCAGCAAAUGUUUGAUGCUCGCAACAUGAUGACGGCAUGCGACCCAAGGCGAGGGCGCUACCUUACAGUUGCAGGUAUCUUUCGUGGUAAAAUGUCCACCAAAGAGGUAGAUGAACAAAUGCUUGCAAUCCAGCAGAAAAACGCCAGCUAUUUUGUGGACUGGAUCCCACAUAAUGUCAAGGUUGCCGUGUGUGACAUCCCACCCCGAGGCCUCAAAAUGGCUUCCACCUUCAUUGGCAAUAACACAGCCAUUCAAGAGAUAUUCCGCCGUGUGGGCGAGCAGUUCUCCUUGAUGUUCAGAAGGAAAGCGUUUCUUCACUGGUACACAGGGGAAGGUAUGGAUGAGAUGGAGUUCACUGAGGCAGAGAACAACCUCAACGACCUGGUGUCAGAGUACCAGCAGUAUCAAGAUGCCACUGUUGAUCAAGAUUCAGACGCAGAAUAUGAAGAGGAGGAGGGACCCUCAUCAUCAUUGUCAACAAAGUUUCUGUCGGAAACAGUCAAAGGAACUGUAGAUGAAUAGAAAACAGUUUAACACCUUGACGCUGGAUGUGAAAAAUGGGAUUGUUGGAAAGUUAACUUUUUAAGUUUAAAUGAUUGCUGGUUUGUUGGUCGGUCAGUUUUAUUGAUGGGUUGGUUGGUUGGUUUAGAUGGCCUUUAUUUGCUGAAAUGUGCUUGGACAUGUUCACAGUGCUUAUCAUCUUUUAUGUAUUUUUCAAAUGUUUGUAUGGUUGUACAUUUGUUUUUUAGGAUCAGUUUUGGUUUUUUCAGAAAAUAUUUGAAAAUCAACAUGAUUGCAUGUAUGUAUGGAAAAUGUUAUGUCAUGGCACCAAUUAAUAUUAUAAUCCAAAAAAUUAAUGUGAUGUUCAGAGUUUGUCCAUUUUAUUUCUAAACUACAAUAGAUGUUACAUUGAGUGUUGUUGUCCACGUGAUUAUGAAAGUAAUUAAAAACAGU